AUGCUUCCUUUCUGGCUCCCUGAUACGAGCAAGCCUGUUGGAUCCAAUCUUGUCACCGAAUUUGGUCCACAGCAGUGGCAGUCUCCGACCACCGUCUUCAAAUCAGAGUUUGAUUGCGUGGACCUGAAUGUGGCCAACAUCUUUACAUCUUUAGUGGAAGAUACAGGAGAAGGCAUCACGACCACUAUGAGAACAACACAGUUCAACUCAUCAGAUGGGUGCAGUAUCACAGUCACUGAGGGAUCCAAUUCCGUAGAGGGGUAUCAUGGCGGUUGGCUACCACGCAAUCCGCAAGACUCUGAGUUAUUUCUCAGUGAAGGCGGAUCGUGGGAAAGUUCUGAAGGGUGUGGCAACCGCUCCUCGAUAAUUGUCAAAACCGCGGACGACGAGUCUAUGGCAUACGUGGCCAACCUCUGUGCGGCAAAGUUCUACUCGGCAAUGGUAAACGCAACCGUCGACAUUGAUGAAGCUUCGACUACUGUCAGCUUCAACGAAGAAGAAUACACGAAGAACCGCAAACAGAUGGUCCCUGUUCAAUACAAUCUACCUGUUUUGGAGGACACCUUCCUAAGCUCCAACUGGUCAAACAAGUUUUUCACCAAGAUAAUCCAUGUUGUACCUGAAUAUGCAGGCCCUUUGUUGGCCAUUGCUGCGAGCCCAGAUUACAACAACGACGCGGAAGCUCUCAUCAACAGUCCAAUCCUGUGGGACAGGACAAAACGACUACAUCAACAGUUCUUCGGAGAGAUGUUGCUUUUGGCGUUAGACUCGACACCUAGCGCGCUCAAACAUACUGCUGGCACUGUUGUCAUCCAGGAAAGACGCAUCAUCGUGGUAUCAAGCAUUGGUAUAACUCUCGCAGUACUGUUGUUCCUGGCCUGCAUUUGUGUUGUGGUAGUUGCAUACACGACGCGUCUCGACCAGCGUGCGCUCCAUCUCUCUCAUGACCCAGGAAGUAUCACUGCUGCCGCUGCUAUGAUCGCCUUGGACCGUAAUGCUAGGAUGGAGUUCGAAGGUACAGAUAGGCUGCCAAAUGACGAGUUGGAGGACUUGUUGGCAGAACGCCAAUUCGCGAUCGCAAACGGCGCCUUGUUGGCCACUAGCGACGCAAGUCCCAAGGGUAAGAUGGAAUUGAAAAUUCGCACUAGAAGAACCGUGCUAAAGGUCCACAGGAAACUCUUCUUCGAAAGACUCGGCUCUNNGUCAGAGACAAAAUCGAGCGAUCCACGGCCAGGAAUUAUUCGUGUUUGGAUGGGUUGUCUUAUACUGUCGGUGCUGAUAGCUCUGAUUGCAGUCCUGGUGGUAUUGUACAAGAUAUCUCGCGCUGGAGGCCUCCGACAGACCGCUCUCCUCGACCAACUGAAUGUUAACAUUCUCGAGCUAUCUACCACACUUACUCCAUAUUCAAUCAUACCAACUCUGUUGGCCGUCGGAAUCAAGCUGUGGUUCCGAGCCAUAGCGGAGACAUUCAAAAGGCUGCAACCUUUUGUGGUGAUUGCCAAAUCUCCCGAAACACCUUCUAACUCAAUCUCGGCAGAGUAUGCCAAUACUCCCAUCGCCUUGGUUUCUAUUAAGGCUCUCAAACACUCACAUUGGUUGCUUGCUCUGAUCGGAGCCGGCGCUUUUGUGACUGAAGCGUUCACUGUAGGUAUGUCAGCUCUCUGGGAUCGCGAGUUGCGAGAUACUCGGUUUCCAUUCAAUGUGUCUCGUCAACUUGAGCUACGGGGUUCGCCCCAACUCUUUCACCAUUCAAGAAUGCACACAUCCUUGACCGGCAAAGAGGUCGCGCUGACUUCGGUAUUCAAUUCCUCACUUCAAAAUUGGUUGUAUGGUGCUACGAUUGAAAUUACACAAUCUGCCUCCACUCCACCGUGGAGUAAAGACACAUGGAGUUUUGUGCCACUGGACAGCCACGUCAUGCAAGAGGCAUCAUCCUUCCUGAACGAUACUGCUCGAAAUGUUACUGUACAGACACCAGCAUUACGUGCUCGAUUGGAGUGUACACCCGUAGACUAUGCGUCUAAUACGUCCGCAUGGCUUUCCAAGGCCGAUUUCGGAAACACAACACAAUGGAACGUGACUAAUACUCCUCCGGGCCUUAGUCAAGGCUACUUUCUGAACGGGCUGGCCAUACAAGGUCCGGGACUGAGGUCGGUAGCAUGCUGCGCAAACAACACGAAAGACGGUCCAGGAGAGGCUGUCGUCGGGUACUGGACAGACACUUCAACAAUUUACGGUCCCCUAUCGAUGCAGGUCAAGUGGAUACAUGGAUCGCCCUUGGACGGUACAUUUACUCCGAAUUAUCCCAUGACUCCAAGAUACAUCUGGCCAGAAGCACCUCGGAUCGCAGCAAUCAAUUGUGCGCCAGUCAUCGAGCAGGCUAAUGCUUCUAUCAUCGUUGAUUUCGAAACGGGAGUUGUCAAUAGCUAUGCAAUCUUGAGCUCACCUCACAACGCCACCGAUGCCUGGUCUGAUCCUUACUUGUACCACGGCGCCGACGAUAGCUUCGCAGCGCACUGGCAAGAAAACAUCACAACCAGUUAUGGCUACAUUUUCUGGGACUCGCUGCUGGAAGCUGCUAAUGCUGGAGGACUGGAUAACAUGAAGCUGCUACUCUCUUCCGCUGAAGACCUGUCGGACGGUAUCUUCAAUUUUCGCGAGCCUGGGUUGAAUACUGACUUCAUGUCUUACUCGAUGUUGGCGAUGGCUAAUAACAGCAAAGAAGCUCUCUUGAACCCCGCUACCUUGCUUGAUUAUGCCAACAAGACCUUCGGUAUCUUCUUCAAACAUUUUGCUUCAGAGGAGGUCAGCAGUACUACAGGAGGUAGAGCAUAUCAACCAAUUGGUGAAAAGCUGCCUGAAAACUUGGGUCCUGUCACCAAAGGCCAAACCAACCUUGGACAAGGAGCUCUUGCAACACAGAACGAUAGGAUCCCAACCACCAGAGAAACUGAAGCCAAGCUGAUCAUACCCGUAGAGCAAUUGAUCAUGUCGCCAGUCGCCGUCUUCCUCUCCAUCUCGUUGCUAGCGUUCCUGGUUCUGACCACAAUCGUCAUGUACACGGUGAAUCGCGGACAUUACAAGUUGCUGCCUCGAGAUGUAGAUACACUGGCCAGUAUGUUGGCUUUUGUUCAUGGCAGCGAAAAACUACUCGACUGGUCGCAGAGCUCAACCCGUACUGGUGCUUGGUAUCGAUCAUGGAGCUCCAAGGAUCAUUCAUCCGAAGAUGCUCACGUCAAAGCCCAGAUGGGCACUUUUCACGACAAAAGUGGCAACGAGAGAUGGGGCAUCGAACUCGUUGGGAUGUUGCACACGAACGGACAAGAGCAGAAGCACAUCGAAGAGGAAGGUGUUGAAAUGCACGACAUCACUGCGGAAGUGCAUACGGCAUUACUCAAGUGA